AUGACCAUGGGGCCUAACGACAGAUCCAAACUUCCCUAUAUCAAACUCAACAGGCUCCGAGAUGCCAGGGAGCUCCCAUUAGCUCCACCCGAGCCCGAAGCCGCCCCACCCCCUGGGGAGCUGGACUUCCAACUGGAUCCUGGAAGUCCUCAGCUGUUUGCGAUUAUCGUUGUGCUUGCGAGUUACGAUGGAAAACCAAUACCAGACUGGCCCUGUGGUAUCACGCUCAACGCGUUGGUAUCAGUGCUGAGCACUUUCAUGAAGGCCGCCAUGGCCUUCGCCGUCACGGAAGGAUUGUCUCAACUCAAAUGGUCAUGGUUUACUCGGAGAAAAAAUCUGGGCGAUAUGGCGCUGUUGGAUGCUGCCAGUAGGGGUCCACUAGGGGCGGCGAUGGUACUCUUCCGAUUCCUGCCUAGGCACCUGGUCACAUUUGGAUGUGUUAUCCUCGUUGUCGCGGUUGCCACAGAUCCAUUCGUCCAGCAAGUGAUUGCCAUCAACGAACAGGCCAUUCACACCCCAGGCCGAUCGUCAAUACAAAUCUGCAACUCGAGUCUGUAUACCGAUGUCGGAGCAGGCGCCGCCCCCGGCGCCGAGAAAGUGCCCCUCGUGACUCUCGGCGCUAUAUACACAGGCAUUUUCCAGAGCCAGAGCCCCGACAGCAAAACCAUCGUGAUGGACUGUGCCAGUGGAAAUUGUACCUUUUCUCCAUACCAAUCUCUUGGAUUUUGUAGUCGCUGCAUCAAUAUCACCGAUUCCGUCCAUGCAGAUGCACCUUAUUCACUUCCUCCUCCAUUGAACGCUACUCUCGUCUAUAAUUACACUCUGCCGAAUGGACUACAUUUCAGCACGAAUUCAGGAAUGACGAUGACUACCAUAAAUACAUCAACCGAGCUGGAUCUAGUUCAGCUGGAUGCACAAAACCUACCGUUGAUUAUCAAUUUUACCGCCAUCAGCGCUACCGGCUACAAGGUGCCACCCCCGAUCACCGCAACGGAGUGCGCGCUCUACUUCUGCGUCGAUACAUACAACGCAUCAGUGAAAAACGGCCAGUUCGAAGAAACGCGCACCCUAACUACUAGCAAAACAAAUUAUCUGUUAUCCAAAUCUGGGGGCCAAGACUCUGCGUUGACCCCGGACACUUGCUACGUGAAUGGGACACGACAUCAACCUCCAUAUCAAGCUAACGAAAACUGCACAUACAACGUUGCCUGGCAGAGCCUUCUAGCAAUGUAUAACUCCGUCGGUCCCUUACUCCAAGGCAACGGCUAUACGUUUGGAGGAAGGCCAGCCUGGCGAUCCGAUAAUGGGCCAUCCGAUAUCAUUGAAGCAUUGUAUGGUGAAUCAGGAGGCUAUGCCGAUAUCAACUCGCUUUUCAAAUCCUUAGCUUCUUCGCUUACAACCCAUGCCCGGUCAAAGGUCUGCGACGGAACUAUCGAUGGUGUAGCUUGGACGAACCAGUCUUUCGUUCAUGUGCGAUGGCCGUGGAUGAGCCUUCCUAUUGCUCUCGUGGUGCUGACUAUUGUCUUUCUUAUUGUCACGGUCAUCCGCACGAGACAUCAGUAUAUUUGGAAAUCGUCGCCAUUGGCUUUAUUAUUUUCGGAUGUGCAUGUUGACGAGCCACUUCCGUUCAAGUCCGAUCCGACUCUCAAGGGAAUGGAGAGUGCAUCAAAUGAUAUGCAUGUCUGCUUGGAGGCAUCUUCCAAUGGAGUCAGUCUAAAAACUCAUCCGAGUUCGUAG